AUGGGCAUAACGACCAUAAAAGAUGGGUUCGAAGAUUUCAAGCGACAUGUAACCGAUAGAUCUGUCAAUAAUCGGAAGACUUGGACCCUGGGAAAUUGGUGUAAUGUUAACUAUCCUGAAAAGAAUUCGGGUUUUUUAAAAUGGAAGGAAUCAACGACGAAGAAAUCAAAAGUGGACAAGAAGGAAUGGAAAAAAACCAUGUUCAAGGAUGUUCGCGUUGGGGACUUUAUCAAGUUGUAUAAUGAUGACUUUAUUCCAGCUGGUGAGGAAAAAAAUUAUUUGUGCUCCACGCUUCACGGACUAUAUGCGAUCGAAGACAUCCAUCGUGAUCCGACCAAAAAUUUGGAUGGCGAAACAAAUCUAAAAAUAAGGAACGGUAUAUCGGAAAUCGAUUAUGUGACGACUCCCGAAGAUUGUGCGUCGGUUCGUUUUUACGUAGAUUCCGAGCCGCCGACGACAAGCUUAUUUAGUUACAACGCCACCGUGGUCUUUCCCCAUGGACUGCCCGGCCGUUCACGCGGUCGUGGGGGACCGAAGAAAAUUCCGGUCAAUCUUAACUCGAUGCUCCUUAGGGGAUGCGUGUUGAAGAAUACAGAAUGGGUAAUCGGACUGGUUUUAUUUACCGGUGCCGAUACCAAGCUUUCAUUAAAUUCCGGUAAAACGCCGUCGAAAAGAAGUCGCAUUGAAAAGCUGAUGAAUCCACAAGUUCUCGUUAAUUUGGCUAUUCUGGUGAUACUCUGUCUCUGGUGUUCCAUCGGGAGCAGGAUAUGGGCGGCCAAUCUUGGUGGUUCUAUUUCUUACCUUCAGAAUGACAACAUUAACUUGGAUUCUUUUCUAGCUUUCUUCAUUUUCAUGGACGAAGAGAUACAUUACACCGAAACCGAUACCCCAUGCAUUCCAAAGAAUUGGAAUCUAUCUGAUGAUUUAGGUCAAGUGGAAUACAUAUUUUCCGAUAAAACUGGAACUCUAACUCGUAACGUCAUGGAAUUUCGUAAAUGCUCAAUUGGGGGAAAAAUUUACGGAGAGUAUUCGGGGAUUAACAAUAAUGAGGCAUCGUUUAAUUUGGUACCUCCAGAAUCACGUAAUAUUAAUGAUGAAUCGAAGAGUUCUAGCAUACCAACAAAGAAACCCUUUUCCGACAGUCAACUUUCCUUAGAUAUGCGGUCCACAGAUUCAAACCGAUCCAAAUUUAUCCGAGACUUUUUUACGUUGCUGGCCAUUUGUCAUACCGUCCUUGUCAACACCAAUGAUAAUGGCGAACAAGUUUAUCGGGCACAGUCACCGGACGAAGCGGCACUGGUACAGGCUGCAAAAGACGUCGGUUAUACUUUUCGUUCUCGUGAGUCUGACAACAUCAUUAUAACUACACCAGAAGGGGAAGAAGUUCAUUACGAGUUGAUGAAUAUUUUGGAAUUCACAAGUGCAAGAAAGAGAAUGAGUAUUAUCGUACGAUCUCCAUUAGACGGACGUAUCAUUUUGUUUUGCAAAGGAGCCGACAAUGUCAUUUUUGACAGGCUUAAAAGUGGACAGGACUUUGUGUCAAAUGUUACAAGUGAAAAUUUACAAGAAUUUGCUAGAGAAGGUCUUAGGACACUUUGUUUAGGCUAUACAGAAGUAACCCCCGAAGAAUAUCAAAAAUGGAACAUUGAAUUUCGUGAAGCUUCGACAUCGCUUGUAGAUCGAGAUCAAAGAAUUGCCACUGUUUCCGAUCAAAUUGAAAAGAAUUUGACCCUUCUCGGUGCGACAGCGAUCGAAGAUCGCCUGCAAGAUGGCGUGCCCGAGUGCAUAGCUACUCUAAAACGUGCCGGCAUUAAAAUUUGGGUCUUGACAGGUGACAAGAUGGAGACGGCUAUUAGUAUUGGAUUUUCUACAUGUUUAUUGUCCAGGGACAUGAACCUCAUCAUCAUUCGCGGAGGUGCCUACGGAGAGACGGGGAGUGCAUAUGAUCAGAUGCGAAGUGCUGUGGAAAAGUUCUUUCCCACCGAUGAGGCUAUCUUGGAGAGUAUGAAAUCUGUGCAGGCUCCUCCAGUUUCAUCAUUUAGCAACACCCCCCGACCUUCUACAUCACAUCACGGCGAUCAUGCAUUGAUUAUAGAUGGAGUUGCACUUAAAUACGCAUUGGAAGAACCGUGGAGUCGUAAUCUAUUUCUAGAUUUGGCUUGCCGAUGCAAAGGAGUGAUUUGUUGUCGAGUUUCACCGUUGCAAAAAGCCAAGGUCGUGGAAUUGGUUAAAAAGGGGAAGGAAGUUCUCACUUGUGCAAUUGGCGACGGCGCCAAUGACGUCAGCAUGAUACAGGCUGCGCACGUUGGCAUCGGUGUCGCGGGAGAAGAGGGGUUACAAGCGGUGAUGGCGUCCGACUAUGCCAUAGCACAGUUUCGGUACCUCACCAGGCUUUUAUUGGUUCAUGGGCAUUACGCCUAUAUUCGUAAUUCCUCCAUGAUCCUCAACUUCUUUUAUAAAAACAUGAUUGGCGUGGGACUAUUUGAUCGGGAUGUGCCUGACAGGGUGGCAAUCGAGGUUCCCGAGUUAUAUCAAAUGGGAAUUAAGCAAAAAGCAUAUACUAUGCCUAUAUUUUUUGUUUUUAUGAUGGAAGGCUUGUAUCAAUCGUUGAUUUGCUUCUUUGUUCCGUAUCUUGCUUAUGGAACGGUGAGCUCCAACAAAUAUGGACGCGAACCUGAUUAUCUCGAAGAGGGUACAACCAUGGCGGUCGCUUGUAUCGCAAUGGCCAAUUUCUUCACUGGAUUCAACUCCCAAUGUUGGACAGUGUUUCAUUAUAUCUCCGUGUUUGGAUCUACUGCUUUGAUAUUUAUUUACGUCGCGAUCUAUAGUUUAAUCCCAUUUGCGGACGUUUAUGGUUAUUACGAAGUAGUAUAUACCUCGGGGCGGAAUUAUUUCCCCACAGACGUUGACAUCAUACAGGAGAUAUGCAAGAAGGAUCCAAAUCAUGAUUUUACCAACGACAUCAAGGUCAACCCAAGUUUAGGUCUCACCAGACAGCAAACACGCGAUUCCAAAUAUGAAGGGGGAUCAACAGAAUCCCUCAAAAGCACUGAUACGCCACGCCCAAGCUUCACGACCGAUCGUACUGUUCUUCAACCUCAGCAAAUUGUAACGUCGCCGCAGUCUCGAACAUCGAUGGACUAUCAACCGAGUGGAAGCGGCGAGAUACCUGAAACCCCGGGUAGCAUGACAUAUAUGCAAACCGGAUUAACUGAAUUGGUGCGAGGUUAUGCAUUUUCACAAGAAGAAGGUACGGGACGAAUCAUGGCGCCACCUUUGCGUCGUCGUAAAACCAAUCCCGGACCUCUAAACUCUACAAGUAGGAGAGAAAUUGAACUGGAUACUCUACGCCGUAGGAGCUUACCGGAGGGUAGCACCUCCGGAGAUUUCUUGGAAAUGUCCGAGAUAGAGAGAACACGAAUGGUGCAAUUUAGGGAGUCCAUCGGAGGCGGCACGAUCACAUCAAGCGUCUCACCAUCAACGAGAACAAGUGCACAUCUGUUUGAACAUUCGGACACUGGUGAUAUCGAAUCUAACGAGCAUUCCCUGCAACAGAUUUCCGAAGCAGAUAAUGACGACUCAUAA